GCGGCCAGCCGAAGUGGGCGGGGCCUGGCUGCUGCCGCUGCUGCUGGAUGGGAUCAGUGUGUACAAAGUGCCGGGGAACUGAAGUCCUGCUGCGCUUUACAGCUCCGCCAUCCCAGCACCGGGGGGGAAGCCAGCUUGCCCAGCAGGGGCCGAGAUACUGCUUGUGCCGAUGUGGGGGCAACAUGCCGGGGGCCGGGCUCCUUACCCUGGGCGCUGCUCUGAUCCUGCUCUCCGCCGCUUCUCUCUGCUCAGGUCUGAAGUGUGUGUGCCUGCUGUGUGAGAACACAAACUACACGUGUCAGACAGAAGGGGCCUGUUGGACGUCUGUGAUGCUCACCCAUGGGAAGGAGGAGGUGCUGAAAUCCUGUAUCUCGCUGCCCGAGUUUAAAGCUCAGGUUUUCUGCCACAGUUCAAACAAUAUCACUAGGACCGAGUGUUGCCUGUCUGAUUUCUGUAACAAUAUAACACUCCGACUGCCGGCAGUGACUCCGGGAGUGUCCCACAUGGGCCAUGUGGAGCUGACGGUGAUCGUCACUGUUUCUAUAUGCCUCUUGUCAGUAGUCAUAAUGGUAACUGCAUAUGUCUGCCAGGAGCGCUACUGUGCUAAGAACAAAGCCCGGCGCCAAUGUGUUGAGGAGCCUCUUACAGAAUGCCCCCUGGAUAUUGCUGGGAAAUCACUAAAAGACCUUAUUUAUGACAUGACUACUUCUGGAUCUGGGUCAGGUUUGCCUCUGCUGGUCCAAAGGACUAUUGCAAGGACUGUUGUCAUUCAGGAACUUGUUGGCAAGGGACGAUUUGGGGAAGUUUGGCGUGGAAAGUGGUGCGGGGAAGAUGUGGCUGUAAAGAUCUUCUCCUCUAGGGAUGAAAGGUCCUGGUUCCGGGAGGCAGAGAUAUAUCAGACGGUUAUGCUAAGGCAUGAAAAUAUCCUUGGCUUUAUUGCUGCUGAUAAUAAAGAUAAUGGCACUUGGACCCAGCUGUGGCUUAUAUCGGAAUUCCAUGAACAGGGCUCCUUGUUUGAUUAUUUAAACUGCAACACUGUAACUAUAGGCGGAAUGAUGAAACUGGCGUUGUCUGUAGUCAGUGGGCUGGCUCACCUACACAUGGAAAUUGUUGGUACUCAAGGGAAACCAGCCAUUGCACACAGAGAUCUGAAAUCCAAAAAUAUUCUAGUGAAGAAGAACGAGACGUGUUGCAUUGCAGAUCUAGGUCUGGCGGUCAAACAUGAUUCCAUAACUAAUACAAUAGAUAUCCCUCAGAAUCCUAGGGUAGGGACCAAAAGGUAUAUGGCUCCGGAAUUGCUGGACGAUUCAAUAAACACAUAUCACUUUGACUCGUUCAAAUGCUCAGACAUCUAUUCCCUUGGCCUGGUGUACUGGGAGAUCGCCAGGAGAUGUUCCGUGGGAGGAGUUGUUGAUGAAUACCAGUUGCCUUAUUAUGACAUGGUGCCUUCGGACCCUUCUUUGGAAGACGUGAGGAAGGUGGUCUGUGAGCAGAAGUUGCGACCCAGCAUACCAAACCAGUGGCAGAGUUUUGAAGCUCUGCGAAUCAUGGGCAGAAUAAUGCGGGAAUGUUGGUACGCCAACGGCAAGGCCCGGCUGACCGCCCUCCGCAUCAAGAAGACCAUCUCUCAGCUUUGUGUGGAGGAGGAUUACAAGCUGUAAAAGGGCAAGCUCCCCCAGGGUACACAGACUGAGAGCGCUGUACUGGGGUCGGCUCGUAGCCUGUGUUUGUUCUACCUCAGAAGUAGCAAGUGCCAGACGGACGUACUGAGAGAUGGCUCUGAAGGCAGCUUCUUGGUGACUGCGGUUCGUAAGCGGCUGAUGGACUGACUUUUUUUAUGGUAUUAUUGGGAAAUGUAUUUGCUUGAGAAAUAUGAUCAGAUAUAUUUUAGUACAUUGAACCGGCAAUGGCCUUGAAGCUCCAAUUACCCCCAACACCUUCAAGAAGGAAAUUUGCUUACAGGACCUUUGUAAUGGGCCCCAUUAUUUAUAUUGAAACCAAAAUAGCACAGUCCAACCUAAGGCCCUUCUGGUGCUGCAGGUUGGGCAGUUGAUAUCAACAGUCGCCAUCUUGCCCUACUAUCGCCAUUUUACUCUGAUCCUAUAGCUGCUAACCUCCAACUCUCUAAUUAGCAAUUUCUGCUCUUUGUUACCACACCCCGUGCAGGGCCUUGGACAGUUACCCCAUGUCGCGUCUUCUACAGACCACUCUGCACACUGUUUCCAAUGAAAAUCAGAGGAUACUAGGCUAUAGCACCCUGGUUCAGUGGCAGGGUGCCAGUUAGGGUAAAAUUUGGGGUCAACUUGUCUUUUAGAUAUACCUCAUUUAGGGUGAGAUUUGGGGGUAAAAACAUAUUUGCUGAA